AACUCUCAAAGCCUCAAAUCACCAACAAAUCAACAACAAUAACAUUCUCUUAGUCAUAGCACUUUACUCACUACAAAGUUUGAAUAGUAUUGACUAUUACAACAGUAGCAACUAUUUCAAGAAAACAAGUAGUUUCUUCUACUAUCCAUAGAUGAAUUAUAAUAACACGAUCUUGUGCAUGUCAGAUGCAAAUUCAGCAAACCUGGAGAGAGAUCACUUGCAGGAAACAUCAUCACCUUCAGCUCAAGAUGAAGGAGUAUUCCUACUAGCUUCGAGCAGACCGAAAAAACGUGCUGGAAGGAAGAAGUUCCAGGAAACUCGCCACCCCAUUUAUAGAGGAGUGAGGAGGAGGAAUAAUAACAAGUGGGUAUGCGAGCUACGUGAGCCUAGUCGACAGAAAAGAAUAUGGCUAGGAACAUACCCUACUCCAGAAAUGGCGGCUCGAGCUCAUGAUGUUGCUGCAUUAGCACUUAGAGGUAAUCUAGCCACUCUGAACUUCGGUGACUCGCGUUGGAGGUUGCCAGUGCUAGAAUCGAAGGACCCCAAAGACUUACGCCAGGCUGCUGUGAAAGCAGCCGAGGCGUUCCGUCAGGAUCCUGAGUUAGUUGGAGUUGACUACAUGAGUGAGGAAGUCACUUCCAGUACUGAAGAAGUAAAGUACCAAGAGAUUGUUGUUGGUGGAGAUAAUGAGAGUGGCAGUGAUUUUAGCUCGAAGGCAUUACAUAUGGAUAUGGAGAACAUCUUAUGUUGUAAUUGGGGAGAAAAUAAUGAGAUGUCAGAGAUGGAAGCAUGGCGAGAAAAGAUGUCAGAGGGGCUUUUAUUUUCGCCAACUCCACGUUUAGGUAGUUAUUUCAGUUGGGAUGCCGUGGAAAGUGAAGUCGAAGUGUCAUUGUGGAGUUAUAGUAUUUGAUACUAAUAUAGGAAUAAUUGGAUUUAGCUUCGCUAGCUAGUUAGUCACAAGCUAGGAGUAGCAUUUUUUAUUUUUAUUUUUUAAAA